AUGAAUUUAGGUGGAAGAUGGAGCUCUAGUACAAUACUUUUUUCACAAUCAGGUGUAGUUAAAUCACUAUUUAUAUUCUAAGUCAUUUUUCAUUGCUUACAUUUGUCAGUUACUUCAACUGCAGCAUAUUCAAUAUGAGGAAGAUGCUGAUUCAUUUUUUCCUCAGUUCAAAUCUUUUGCUGAAUUUACAUUUAAGUUUAAAUUGAAGAAACACAAAAAGCUCUUGUCUGUCAAGCUACUUGUUCUAGCAAUAAUACUUGAUUAUUGGUAAUUUUAGCCUUUUUAAUCUGAAUUAAAAUUAACUGCAGCGACAGCUAAUCUAAAAGAUAUAUAAAUGUAAUUUAUAGCAUCUAGACAAGUUCUAGUUGAACAAAUUAAUACCUCCAUUAGCUAAUGUACAUCCAGAUUUUAAAGUACAACAGCUAUUGAACCUGCAACACUAAAACUGCCAGAAAAGUUACAUCCUGUAUUAAAUUAUUAACAACUAUAGCAUAAGUGAUGUUAUUUCAGGUGAUUUUUAAACAUUCUCUUGCUUCAUUAGCGAUUUUGUUGCCAUAAUUUGUGAGCAUUUUGCAGAUCUGA